CAACAAUAGCAAACAGUAUUCCAUCUACGACUGGUCCAGGACAUUCAACAACUGAAACCUUAUCAAUGACACAGUCAACCAGCAUUGGACCAAAUUCAAAUGUGACUACUAGUAACAUAUCUUCGGCCUUUUCCACUCUUGCAUCAAGCAAUCAGACAAUGGAAUCUACAGGACCUAACAAACCAACAACAGUUCCUGUUUCCCAAACAGACUCAUCAUGUGCAACACCAAUAUCAACCACUUCUAUGGAGCCAACAAACACAACUCCAUCUGAACAAACAAUGAGCAAAGGUUCUGACUCCAGCACUUCGCCUUCGACAUCUUCAAUAUCAAGCAGCACUGUAGACACUACAACAGAUGUAGGAACAGCCACCACCUCUUCUGGUACAACAGGUCAGACAUCAACAACCAACAGUUUGAAAUUUAUAACUAGUCCAGAACAUUCAACAACUGAAACCUCAACAAUGGCACAGUCAGCAAGCAUUGUACCAAAUACAGAUAUGACAACUAGAAGCACACCUUUGGACUCAUCGAUUCUUGUAUCAGGCGACCAGACAACAGAAACUGCAGUAUCUAGUGAAUCAACAAUACAUACUGACUCCCAAACAGACUCAUCAAGUGCAACACCUAUAUCAACCACUUCUAUUGAGCCAACAACCACAUCUCCAUCUGAACAAACAAUGAGCACAGGUUCUGACUCCAGCACUUUGCCUUCGAUAUCUUCAAUGUCAAGCAGCACUUUAGACACUACAAUAGAUGUAGGAACAGCCACCCUUUCUGGUACAACAGGUCAGACAUUAACAACAAGCAUUGCACCAUCUACGAUAAGUCCAGAACAUUCAACAACUGAAACCUCAACAAUGACCCAGCCAACAAGCAUUGAACCUGUUACAGAUAUUGUUACUAGUGGUACAUCAUUUCACACAUCAAUCCAAGUUUCAACGUUUUCAUUCACUUCAACCACGUUGCCACUGACUAGUAUCAACUCUUUUCCAGCAACUAGUAAUGCCACAACAAGUGCACCUUUAACAACUACAUUAGGGAAUCCCUCAACAACAUAUGCAAUUGAGUAUGGAUUUACCUUCGGAGAUUUGCUCCUGACCGGUGAUGAUAAAAUAACCUCUGGUAUCAGUUGCACGACUAAGAUAUUCAUUGGCGAUGGUUCAGAUGGUGGAUUUUCACAAGUGUUUAUUGGCACAAAUGGAAUUAUUGGAUUAGACGCAGCUUAUAAUAGUCUUUCUAUUCGUGAAAUGAAUUCAGUUGAUAUCAACAAACAAAAAAUAAUCUGUCCAUUUUGGACAGAUUUAAAAACUCACCAAAGCAAUGCAGGCGUUUUUUACCAAGCGUAUAGACGAGAAAUUGAUAGCCAUAAAGACGUUAUAAUUAAGGCCAAUACUAUCGUAAAGGAAUUUUUUUCUGAAGACUUUCCUCAAUUUGAGGCAAGCUGGAUUUUGAAAGUCACGUGGACAAAAAUGUCAUUGUUUGCAGAUAAAUCUCAGAAAAUAACCAUACAGUGCUUACUUAUCACGGAUGCCAAGAACACUUUCGUUGUGUUUAAUUACAUUGACGUGAAUCUUAGGCCUAUCAAAAAUUUGAAAAUUUCGAUGGGUUACAGAUUUCGGAAAUUUUUCAGUAAAAAUUCAUAUUCAAACCAGCAGGCUGCUUUUCAAAUGAGUUCCGUUCCCGGAAAUACAGGUACUACUGGUGUUUGGAUUUACAAAAUGACAACUAACGUAGGUCUUAGCAGUGAAGAAAGAGAGUGUCUGAAUUGGCGUUUUAAAAACAAGGAAAACGGUGUUGCUGAUCGUCUAAGUAACAUGGCACAAAUCAUCGAAUGCCCGUGUGAUGGUGGUCUUCUACGAUUCGACCCACGAUUCAUGUUCAGCAGAAUAGACAACAGAAAAAAUAUAAUGUGUUAUGCCACGAUGACAUUUGGAAGAAAUGCGGAAUGCUGUUACCCGUUCUUUAUACCACCUUCUUUCUGGGGGAGCCCAGUCCUUGGAUCUUGUAUACGGUCUUCUCCAACAGCUGGAACGUUAAUGGAAUACAACCCUUUCUUCGAACGUUUCAAUAACCAUAAUCAUGACGUCAAACCGAAGGAUAUUUGCUGUCAAUCAGGACAUUGCGACUGGUUCUAUGAAGUUCGACCAAUUACAAGAUGCUAUCGCAGAUCGCCCUUUAGUGCUGCUUGGUUUUUUGGAGACCCUCAUAUAACUACAUUAGAUGGACAUCAAUAUACAUUUAACGGUUACGGUGAAUACACGAUGAUGAGAAUUAAUAAGGAAACAGACUUUGAACUUCAAGCCAGAACUGAUCUGGCCACCAAUGAAAAUGGAACAACUAUCAAUGCUACAAUUUUCAGUGCUUUUGUUGCUAAAGACCACACUGGAGCAAGAGUUCAAGUUGCAAUGUCAAGAAAGAGAGACAAAAUGUACAUUCUCGGGGAUGGUCGAGACUUGACAAGAAAUUUUGAAAACCAGAACUUUACAUACAUAACGAAGUUUUUGUCUCUUCGGCUGGACAAUCGGACAGUGGUAGCUUCCUUCCUAAAUUCCUCCAUCACGGUAAAAGUUGGCCUUGGAGUAAGAUUUCUGACAUGUGAAGCCGUAGUUGAUAACGCUUACAAUGGUUCGGUGACUGGAUUGAUGGGUAACUUUGAUGGCAAUAGUUCCAAUGAUUUCGUUCUCCCGAACGGCACAACACUAACAGGCAGUAGUGUCAAAAGCGAACGAAACAUUUACAUAAAUUUUGGGCAGGCAUGGUCCGUUACCGAGAAUACGUCGAUUUUCCAAUACGACACUGAUUUGUCUCAUAGUGAUUUCCAUCAUCCAGAGUUCUUACCGUUGUUUAUUGAUGAAUUUAGUGAAGAAAAGAGAAAUCGGUCCAAAGUUGCUUGUGGUGGUUCAGAAAAUCAAGCUUGCAUCUUUGACUUUUUGGCUACUGGUGACAAGUCUUUAGCCAUGUCUUCUGGAAGUGAAGCCAGUACAUCAAAAUUAGCGGCGAAAACUAUUGAAAACGAAUCGCCCUAUAUCUCCGGAGACACUUUUAUAGAAGCACAAGUAAAUGUCCCAGUUACUAUGAAAUUUAACAUUACUGAUGACGGUAAAGCCGAAUACAAGAUACUACAGAGACCGGAAACAAACUUUGAAUUCAACAACUUGUCUGGAAUUGCAACUUGGACCCCCUCUGAUACAAGUGUAUCAGGCAUCAGUAUCACAGCUAUAGAUGACUAUGAGGUCGAGGCUUCGCCGCUAGUUAUCGUCAUAGCUCUGUGUAGUAGGUGCAGCGAACGAGGAAUUUGCAAUUUCACGACCAUAAAAAACUCAGAAACAGAGCAAUUUAAAAGAGCGUCUUGUGAUUGCAGAACAGGAUAUACAGGCGAUGACUGUGAACAUGAGGUAGAUGGCUGUGCCCAGGACCCGUGUCCCCAUGGUAGAAAUUGUACAGACCUCUCCCCAGAACAAGAAGAGCUCUUCCAUCGAGGAUACAACUGUUCAGCUUGUCCGCAUGGGUUUAGAGACGUGGAUGAAAAGUGCGAGGAUCUAAAUGAGUGCAACGGGACUCGGGCUGUAUGCAAUGUCAAAUCAGAGAGCUGUGAAAACACCGAGGGAGGGUACAAAUGCAACUGUUUACCUGGUUACCGCAAAGUGGAAGACAUCUGUAGAGAUAUAGACGAGUGUCAGGAAAGCACGUCUGGCUGUUCCCAACGGUGCAACAACACCGAGGGGUCGUUCGUCUGUUCAUGUGUAUCGGGUUUUACACUGAAUGAGGACAACAAAACCUGCUCUCAAAUUGAUACCGAUACAUGUAAAAAUCACAACCUAACAUGUGAGUAUACGUGCGAUAACUCGUCUGGAAGCUUUGAGUGCAUCUGCAAAAAUGGUUUUGAACUUGAAACAAACGGAAUAAAUUGCACAGAUAUCAAUGAAUGUAACCAGGGUAUUUGCAGUCAAGUAUGUCACAACUCAGUGGGCUCAUUCGAGUGUUCAUGUUUUCCGGGCUAUGUUCUGAACGAGGAUAAAAUUACUUGCUCGGCGUGCAUUCCACCAAAGUAUGGAGACAACUGUUCUCAGACCUGUGACUGUGGGUCAGGUGUAGACAGGUGUGACCCGGUCAGUGGGUGUGUCUGUCUGUCCGGGUGGGAGGGGUCCAGGUGUGACCAGGAUGUAGACGAAUGCACGGACAACCCAGCGAUCUGCGGAUCAGAUAAGAUCUGUCACAAUUUACAGGGUUUCUACAGAUGCGAUUGUAGAGGUGGAUUUGAGAAAAUCGGGGAAGACUGUAAAGAUAUUGACGAAUGCUCUAAUCCUGGUUUGAAUAAAUGUCCGCGCUCUUCGAAGUGCAUGAACACAAAGGGGAACUAUACCUGUCAGUGUUCAGAGGGCUACAAACAGAAAUCUCGAUACGACUGUGAAGAUAUCAAUGAGUGUACCUCUGGGGUAGCGGGCUGUUCCCAGGACUGUGUCAACAAAGAAGGAGGGUUUAACUGUGAGUGUGAGUUCGGCUACACGCUGGAUGAUGAUAGAAAAACAUGCGUUGUUGUGAAAGACAUUUGUUCGCUCUAUCCAAAUCUGAAUUGCUCAUUUGGAUGUAAACAAGAUUCAGAAAAUAUAACGAUAGGUCAUUGUUUUUGUGGAGCGGGAUAUUUCCUUAAUGCGCUGGAUAAAAGUUCCUGUGUUGAUGUAAACGAAUGUGGUAAUGCAGGUCUGAAUCUGUGUUCGUUUAAAGACAACUGUGUCAAUGUCCCGGGGUCCUACAACUGUUCCUGUCCAAGUGGAUACUUUCUUGAAAACGAUGGAAGAACUUGUUCAGAGUGUGAUGAACAUUAUUACGGACUAGGAUGUAAGACGCCUUGUAACUGCGGGCCCGGAGUCUUAAAGUGUGACAAUGUUCAGGGGUGUCAGUGUAAGACCGGGUGGGCGGGGGCCAAGUGUGACGCAGACAUUGACGAGUGUGUCAGCGGUAUCCCGUGUAGUGGGGCCAACCAGGUGUGUCAGAACAACCCCGGAUCCUACAGGUGUAUCUGUGAAACAGGAUACAACGAAACUUCACCUGACACUUGCACUGACAUAGACGAAUGUCUCAAAAGACCAUGUGAUCAGGAUUGCACCAAUACGGACGGAGGAUACAAAUGUUCGUGCAACUCUGGGUUCAAGCUUGUCAGCCAGUCUAAGUGUGAGGAUAUAGAUGAGUGUGCGGCACCAACACCACCGUGUGAUCAGUUGUGUUCAAAUCUGGAGGGAAGCUAUAAAUGUUCCUGCAGAGACGGCUACCUUCUAAACACAACAACUAGGACAUGCUACGCAAAAACUACCUGUUCAGAGCUUAAUUGCACACAACAUUGUGCUGUUGGUUCAGGCGGACAAGAACACUGUUCCUGUUACCAAGGCUUUGUAAUGGAUUCCGACAACAUCACUUGUAAUGAUAUCAACGAGUGUGCAUCAAACCCCUGUAAUGAAAAUUGCACACAAAACUCACCUGGUCAAGGAUACACGUGCGCAUGUGAGCCAGGGAAAAUGCUGGACGUGGAUAAAAGAACCUGUAUAGAUUGCGAAAACGGUUAUUUCGGAACAGAAUGUUCAGAGAAAUGUACAUGUGAAGUGGAGAAUACAGACACCUGUGACAAAGUGUCAGGCAACUGCAGUUGUAGAGUCGGAUGGAAAGGAAUGAAUUGUUCUGAAGACAUUGAUGAAUGUUCAGUUGAUGCAAAUAACUCAGUUUGUCCAGAUCAUUCAAAUUGUACAAAUUUAAACGGAACCUACUUAUGUACUUGCGAUGAGGGCUUUUCUAUGUCAAACAAUCGGUGUAUUGUGUGCUCCUCUACAACGUUUGGACAGAACUGUGGUGGUCAGUGUACAUGUAACUUCAACAACACUCGGUCAUGUGACAAGCGAGAUGGUACCUGCUAUUGUAGAGAUGGGUGGCAAGGUGUCAAUUGUACAGAGGACGUCCUGGAGUGCAAUAAAACACCAAAUAUAUGUGGAAAUAAUUCAGUGUGCCAGGAAACAACCGGGUCAUACAAAUGUGUCUGCAAACCUGGAUAUACGAAAUCUUCAAAAGGAUACUGCGAAAAUAUCGAUGAAUGUACAACUGGACAGCACAACUGUUCAAUAGAUGCCAAAUGUACUGAUGUAGAUGGAGGUUUUAACUGCUCCUGUAGGCUUGGCUUUAGGGGAGAUGGACACAACUGCACGGAUAUCGAUGACUGCAAUCCAGAGCCUUGUCAAAACAACGGAACCUGUACAGACUUGAUCAACGACUACCAAUGUGAUUGUGUUGCAGGAUUCAAUGGAACAAAUUGUGAAAACAAUAUCGAUGAGUGUGUUUCACAACCUUGUCGAAACAACGGAACUUGUAUAGAUUUGAUCAAUGGUUACAUAUGUACUUGUACAGACGGUUUUAAUGGAACAAACUGUACAAAUGAUAUCGAUGACUGCAAAUCAUUACCUUGUCAAAACAAUGGAACCUGUACAGACCUUGUCAACGACUACCAAUGUAGUUGUGUUGCAGGAUUCAAUGGCACAAAAUGUGAAAACAAUAUCGAUGAGUGUGCAUCUCAACCUUGUCAAAACAACGGAACUUGUGUAGAUCUGAUUAAUGAUUACCAAUGUAACUGUACAUACGGGUUUAAUGGAACGAACUGUACAAAUAAUAUUGAUGACUGCCAACCAAAUCCUUGUGAUAACAACGGUAACUGUACAGACCUCGUCAAUGACCACCGAUGUGAUUGUGUCCCAGGAUUCAAUGGAACAAAUUGUGAACACAAUAUAGAUGAGUGUGCAUCUCAACCUUGUCAGAACAACGGAACAUGUAUUGAUCUGAUCAAUGGUUACCAAUGUAACUGUACAGACGGGUUUAAUGGAACGAACUGUACAAAUGAUAUCGAUGAAUGCCAACCAUUACCUUGUCAAAACAAUGGAACCUGUACAGAUCUUGUCAACGACUACCAAUGUAAUUGUGUUGCAGGAUUCAAUGGAACAAAUUGUGAAAACGAUAUCGAUGAGUGUGCAUCUCAACCUUGUCAGAGCAAUGGAACUUGUACAGAUCUAAUGAAUGAUUACCAGUGUAACUGUACAGAGGGGUUCAAUGGAACAAACUGUGAAAGUGCAUGUAAUAAUUAUACAUAUGGAUAUCAAUGUUCAAAUUUAUGCGCUUGCAACAAAGAAAACACACUUGAUUGUGAUGCCGUCACUGGAAAUUGUGUGUGUAAAGAAAACUGGAAUGGAACUACGUGUUCAACUCACGUAGAUGAUUGCUUGAAUGGAUCCGCUAAAUGUGAUCCUGUCACACAGAAAUGUGUCAAAAGAAAUGUAACACACAAUUACUUUUGUGUUUGUUUGUACGGUAAAAACAGCACUGCCAAUGGAACCUGUUCAUCUCCAUUGCCGCCAUACGAUGAAAACGAGAAGGAAACAAAGUUCGAUGCAGUGGUUACGUUGCAGAUUGUCCUUACACAGCAACAACUAGAUAAUAAUACUGCAAGCAUUACUGAAAAUAUAACAAAACAGUUGACGAGCCAUUUUAAGCACAAACUUAUUGGCUUUGCCGCUCUUUCUGUCCGUUACAUCAGGCUUGGUAGCUUGAUAGUACGUUUUGAAGUUGUCCUAAAUACUACGUCUGAUCCUGACACACUUACCGGAAAAUACAUAAAGGCUACGUAUGAACUAAUGGAUCCAUCGUUCGAAAUUGAAAUUCUUGGAAAGAAUGUUUCUGUCGUUUUAACAAUACUUUUCGAUGAGAAAUCUAACAUCACAUUUAAUGCGUCAAGCAGCCUUUGUGAAGCUUUUCAAUUCUUAAACACUUGUCCAAAAUGUAAAGAGUCAUUUGGAUUACCAACAUGUGUAGCCCUAGAAACAAUAGACCAUUCUAAUUUGAUAAUUGGAUUAGGAAUCGGCAUUCCUUUACUCCUGGCACUUAUAGCCAUUGCAAUCAUUUUCAUUGUUUAUUGGAAGAGAAAUGCAGGGAAAAACAAUCCAGAAGACAAUAGUGAUAACGACAGAUCGCCAGAAGGUAGUGAAGUCUUCAGAUCAAGACUCCCUCUCCGCUAUGGAGGUUGGGGGCCAUUAUAUUCACCUUGGGGUCCAAAAUCUGACUGUAAAUUCGAAAGUAGUUACUUGGGACCAGCUCAAAAUACCCAAGAUAGCUGGUAUCAAGAGGAUUCUAUUCCUGGAGAUAAACUGACAGAUGAAUUUUCUUGGGACUUUAUGCGAUCAAUGAAACCCAAAGAUCUAACGUUUGAAAUAAAGAGACCUGUGACAGAGAGCAUACCUAAUCCUCUCUAUACCAGUCUACAGUCAAGUAUCGACGAUGUCACCGUUUGAUUUACAGACUUAGCUGUAUACAUAGAAAAAAUAUAUAUGGUCAUAUGAACGUUCUUAAAUAUCGAAAUGGUGCAAUAAUAUUUCUGAUUCAAAACUAAUUUUUAUAUUAUUGCUAGGUGUAUGUAACUUAAUCACUUGUUAAAUUACACUUAAAGAUGUACACUUAUCCGUACGUGUCUGUUCUAUUACAGUGUAUGUUGUAUUACAGUGAAUAUGUUUGUUAUUACUUCAAACAACGAAAUGUUUUCUUUUACAUAAGUUCUGUUAAGCUUCUAUUGAAUAUGUCUGGAGUACUUAAAGGGCAGAAUAGAUAUUUUAAGAUGUUUCCGUUUUUACUUUUUUGGUUUUACAAAAAAAAAAUCAAUAUAUUUCUCUAAUAUUUCUUUGUUAAAAAAAAAAGAAAAACAAAUGCACACUAAAGUAUAGCCAAUAUAUUGCGUUAAAUAUCAAUUUGGCAUUGUGUAUGUAUAAUAAAUAUAUACCUUAGUUAGAAUAUUUUUCAUAGAACAUUACAUGAAACUUAACCAAAUCCAUAAUAUAUUAUGUGUAACUGGUGUACUCUUAUCAUAUACCGAAUAUCGUAUAUAGAUGUGCAAUGUAAACUGUUUUGCAUAAUAUCUUUUUACUUUUGCAGCUACUAGUAAAACAUCUUUUAGCAAAUAGUUUAAAUUAAUGUAUACAUACCACAAUGCACUGAUAAUAUUGAUUUUAGCUUUCAGUUAUUUCAUUACACCUAUGUUGCUCAGAACGUUACAUACAUUAGCAAGUUUUAAACAGAACCAAUUCAUCCUUUGUUAACAUUGUAUGCUUCAUAACAUAAACUCAUUUUCCCAUGUAUUGAUUGCAAUAUUGCUGAUUACUCUCUGUUCCUGUCUACGUAAUUGAAUACCAUGUGUCAGAUGAUGCUGAAUUUGUGUUGCCUUUUGUAUACAUGGACAUGAAAUAUUCAUACUCUUAAAAUUUUUAUAUUCGUUCUUAAUCAAUUUUGUAUAUAGUCGUUUUUGUUUUCAUACCGUUACUUCUCUAAAGGAUUAAAAUUGUUUUAAUGUUU